AUGGAUCGUGCAAUGGUGAUGAUAUAUAUAGCAUACAUAAUGGUGGUUGCACGUUAUGCUGAUGGUGAUGACCAUGAUGGAGAUACGAUUGUGGUGGUAACAUUGUUGCUGUGGAGAUACCAUAGUGGUCGUGGCAACAUGAUGGUAGUACCUCUAAGGCGAGACGGUGGAGGUGACGACCAUGGUCCAAACAUCAUUGUCGUAAUCAAGAGUGGAGAAGUACUUGCCAUUGAGUGGAAGUGA